AUGGCAUCGUUCGACGUGUACGAUCGAUCGAGUUGGUACUUUGGGCCGAUGUCACGCCAGGACGCGACCGAUUUGCUGUUGAACGAACGGGAAAGUGGAGUGUUUCUGGUGCGCGACAGUACGACCAUCGUGGGUGAUUUUGUGCUGUGCGUCCGGGAAGAUUCGAAAGUGAGUCACUACAUUAUAAACAAAAUACCAUCGGGGGAAGAAUGCUUCGUGUACCGUAUCGGCGAUCAAACGUUCGCGGACUUGCCGGAUCUGUUGUCGUUUUACAAGCUGCACUAUCUCGACACGACACCGCUCCGGCGGCCGAUGAUACGCCGACUGGAGAAGGUAAUAGGCAAGUUCGAUUUCGACGGAAGCGAUCCGGAUGAUUUGCCGUUCAAAAAGGGUGAAAUAUUGCACAUCAUCAGCAAGGACGAAGAACAGUGGUGGACGGCACGCAAUGGCCAGGGCCAAACGGGCCAAAUACCGGUACCGUAUGUGACACGAUACGAGGAGAACAUAAUCGAGCGGCCAAAUUCGGGCGGCGGUGGUGGUGGAGGUGCCGGUCCGGGUCACCACCAUCACCAUCCGGCCGGUGGGUUACACCAUUCGGAAAAUUCGAACAUAUUCAAAUCGAACCUUAACCGACAGCUGCCAGCACUGGCACGCGUAAAACAGGAACGGGUUCCAAAUGCGUACGACGAGACCGCGCUUAAGCUGAGCGUUGGCGACGUCAUCAAGGUGCUGAAGACGAACAUUAAUGGCCAGUGGGAGGGUGAGCUGAAGGGCAAAAUUGGACACUUUCCCUUCACCCAUGUGGAGUUCAUCGAUGAGUGA